AUGGUGGUUUCUCACAAUCAUCAUUGGAUUGACAAAUUCUCGGCUAUCAUAAGAAUCAAUAUUAAAAAGCAUAGCAGUAAUAGUAUAAACGUGUAUAAACGUAUUAUAGAUCAAACAGGAUAUAUUGAAUAUCAGGUUUUUGGUCCGGAUGAACCAAAUCCAGCUAGAUUCAACGUUAAUCAGUGA